AUGGCUGCCGUCACUGCGGUCGAGCAGCUGCAACGGGGUGGCCGGCAGCUGGUGAUUUUGCGGGGCCCGCCCGGCUGUGGCAAAUCGACCUUCGCUUGCACCUGGCUGGCGCAGCUCUUUGGCACCAGCCCAGAGCAGCUGCAAUUGCAUCGUGGAUGGACGCUGGCACACGUAUGCAGCGCAGAUGACUUUUGCACGACGGGCCAAGCAGACCUUUAUGACUUCAACGCCCAGUCAUUGCACGAAAUUCAUCGCCUCAACGAGCAGAGGGUGAGUAUGGCAAUGCGCUUAGGCCUCACGCCGGUGGUGGUCGACAACACGAACAUGCAGCUAUGGGAGAUGCAGGGAUAUGUGUACUCAGCUCAGCGUUUUGGCUACGCCGUGCAGGUGGUACAUCCUUCCACCUUUGACCCUGAGUGGAAGGACGUGGUGCAUUUGAUGCAGCGCAACGCGCAACGCGCCCACCUUGGCAAGGACCUGCCGUUGGAAGUGCUCCGGCGCAUGCUGCGCCGCUUCGAGCCCUUUGGGUCUCUGCAGGACAUUUUGCAGGCGAAGGCGAAGACGGAGCGCGGAGUCCAAGAUCUUCGAUCGGAGCUUCGUGUGGAUCCCACGGAUGGCUGCGCCUACGGCCUGGAAGACUUCGUCGAGGAGUACGGCGGCACUGUGGAGGAUCCGCCGGCCGAGUGGUUCUCAGCCCAUCCGGCGCCAGUGCCUCCCAGCGUGCGCGCUCCAAGCGAGGCCAGCCGCAGCAGUUCCAGCCGCCGGAGUCGGAGUCGGAGUCGGAGUCGGAGUCGGAGUCGGAGUCGGAGUCAGAGUCAGAGUCGGAGUCGACAUCUCUUGAGAUCACAACUGGUGCUGCAGCGGCUCUGGCAGGCCGCAAGCUGGCCCGAAGUGAAGAGGCAGUUGGUUGAGGAGUACGAGUUGGAGGUGGAGGAGGACGAGGACCUUUGCAUUGUGACUGCAAGGCACGACAGCUCUCUUUGGCAUAAGGGCGAGCACUGGCGUGAAGCGCUGCGGGAGAAUCGGGGCACGAUAUACGAGAAGUGGUCGGGAAGGCCAGUCUGCCUGCCGCUUCUCAAGUUUUGGAACCACGGAGAGCGGUGCGCAGAUGAGCUUGAUUGGGCAACCACCAUCGCUGAAGAGAAGAUCGAUGGGAAUCUCAUGAAGCUCUUUAAUUACAAAGGUUCAUGGCGAUUGGCGAGCAAUCGGACGCUGAGUGUUCAUGAUAGCUCUAGGAGCAAAUAUGCAUGCACAGGCAGGUCCAACUACGAGUUGUUCAUGGAAGCGGCCAAAAACAGCGGUUUGUGCAUGCAGCAACUGGACACCAACUGCUGCUACAUGUUCGAGCGCGUUCAUCCAGACUUCAGAGUGGUUCUGGACUAUCCUGAAGCCAGGCUCUUCCACAUCGGAACCCGCAACAUGAAUACCUUGCAAGAAGUUGAUGUAGAUAUCGGCGUGCAGCAGCCACGACGGUGGCAGGUCCAUUGCGAGAAAGAUUGCCAAGCCUUGCUGGAUUCCUUCGACGGCUUUGCAGAAGGGAUCGUUGUGCGUGACGCAGACUACCAUCGGCAGAAGUGGAAGCGACGGGAGUACCUGAUGCUGCACUCCGCCCGCAUGCUGGUGGGCAGCGACGAGCCAUGCUAUGCCUGGGUGGCAAGAUGUAGCAACGCAGGGAGCAUGGAGAUGGAUCGAUUGUGCCUGAACGUUUGGCUGCGGUCCGAGGCAUCUGAGUUCGCUGCUUACUUCCCAGAGGCCAUGCAGAGAUACUUGGACAUCUCGAAGACGCUUGAAGCCGAAGGAUUUCUGCAGCGGACGGUGGGAUCGGAUGAGGUCCAUGAGGUCAGGGCACGUGAGAAGGGCACUGGACGCUUCCUGCACGAAGAGCGGCUUUGGACUGAGAUUCAGAAAGAGAACACGCUGAAGCUCAGCGCCGGACUAGGACCUGUGGCAGGCAAAGACAAGACCGGACCUUGUGCCGGGCACGGAAGCGGCGCCUACACUUUGAGCUGCUGUAGUUGGAUCUUGGCGCUGCAGAUGAUGUGUCCUUGCAAGAGCUUGACCGCCUUCAACCGAUUCGACAAAGAUGGCUCCGGCUCUAUCUCCCGUGAGGAGCUUGCCGAGGUCCUGUCAGAGCUGAACACCGGCAUUGGCGGAGACCUUGGCGAAGAGCAAAUCGACGAGAUCCUCGCGGCGGCGGAUUCCAGUGGUGAUGGAGAGCUGCAAGUGCAGGAGUUUGUGAAGUGGGCUUUUGCAGAAGACCAGGAGAUCUCCAAGGGUUUGAAGGGGAAGUACGUCCUGAACAUUUCGGGUUGUUCGCGCACACAGUUCAAUGGUGACUACAUCCAAGAGGACGAGUUUUACUAUCACCGGCCCGUGUUUAUGUGCUUGGAGACGAAGAUGCGCCUCUUCUAUCAUGGGGAGAGGGGCCAAUGGCAGAUCUUUCACCGCACUGGCACCCAAGCAUCCUGCCGCUUGAAGACCGCGCGCACGCCGCAUAUGCCGGGAAAAGGAGUCGAGUGGGCGGUUUUCAAGAGCGUCGACGGUGAGAAGAUCUACGUGAAAGAGCCCAAUAUGAGCUGCACGGCCAAGCCGGAGCUCACCUUGGCAGAGCAGCUCGCCAAGGCGGAGGAUUGUGUCAAGUUCGAUGAGGUCUACUACAAGAAGGUGGACAAGGUCUUGGGCGAGCGCGCGGUAUACCGGCAAUCCAAGGGCGCAGACUGGGGCGACACCUUUCUCUUCUACGAAAGCCAAGAGAGUCGCUGGAAGCGCGGCACCGAGGCGAAGCUGGGGCAGCCCUCUUUGAACGUGUCCAGGAUCACCGAUGUACCUUCGCCUCAGCUGGCGGUGUGGAUGGACGAGACCGGCGGUGAAAAGCUCGACGUCGUGGCGGUGGAUACGGAUGGAGUUCCCAACACCAUGGGCAACAACUUGAGGCUCGACCCAAGCAUCCCAGAUGGCUGGAAGGACAAAGCGUUUCCUCACAGCGAAGCAUCCAUUGGGCCGGAGAUCAAGACCUUCGGGGAGCCCCGGUGGUUGCGCGCCUUGGCGCUGCAUCCCAGUCCGGUGCUCUUCGCGGACGUGGAGCCGGCGGACGCGUGCCAGGGCCGCGUGGGGAACUGCUGGCUCAUCGCGGCCAUGUCGGCGCUGGCGGAGUUCCCCUCCUACUUCAAGCACAAGGUCUUCAUCACCAAAAAGGUCUCCGAAAGUGGGAAGUAUCGAAUCAAGCUCUACGACGGCCGGCUUCUUCGCUGGACCAUCAUGGAGAUUGAUGACUACUUGCCGUGCUCACAUUACGGUGGGCUCAAGCCUCAACUCAUUUUUGGGAAGAUCAAUGACGGAAAGCUCUGUAUCGCACUGCUGGAGAAAGCUUUCGCGAAGCUGUACGGUAGCUACGCGGCGCUUUGUGCAGGCCAUCAGCCGGUUGCUUGGCAUCACUUCACGGGGUGCAAGGAGUUCUUCCGCUACAAGUCAAGCUACACGGUUGCCGUGAGGUGGGUGGUGACGUCCAGAGACGCUGUCCCAGCCUUUGAUGACCGAAAGCGAAGCAAGAAGCUUGGUGCAUUGGCUUGGGGGUGCCAGUUCCAAGAGACCAAGCGCAUUGGAUCCUGGAUCAGGUUUAAGAAGCUGACUGGCAGCGGGCCCGAGGAGGGCUGGCUUUGCUACUACAACGCCGGAGAACGAGUGGCCAAGCGCGAUCCGGAUGAGCAGUUGCGCUUCAUGUCCUGGAAGGUGUCCAUCGACCCGAAGCAAGUCAUGGGAGCGGUUGGCAAGGGCAGCUCAACAACGAAGUGCUUCAAGCACAACUUCAGCAAGUUUGUUUAUCCGGGCGAGAUGUGGGAGAGGCUUGUAAAUUACGACAAGGAGAACUACUUGAUGGCCUGCACCGCCACUGAAUGCAAAUCUGAAGCGGAUUGCGGCAUUGUCCACCAUCAUGCUUACAGCAUUCUGCAUGCCGUGGAGAUCGACAGCGUCAAGCUUGUGGCGUGCAGAAAUCCAUGGGGCAGCGAUUCGGAAUGGAACGGCCCGUGGAGCGAUCGAAGUCCGGAAUGGAAGGGGAAGCCGAGCAUCGCCAAGGCUUUGAAGGUGGACUUCCAAACAGAAGGCAUUUUCUGGAUGGACUGGGAGGAUUGGCAGUACAUCUUUGGGCGUGCUGAAGUCAUGAACUUCCAGAUGCCUUCAUCACGCGGCGACUUCCACAAGCAGCUUGUUCAAAGCCACGAUGCGCCAGCGGUCCAGGAUGACCAGCCUGAUCCCUCCAAUGACUUGUCCCAUGACCGCGAAGAGGAUGAUGUUGCCGAUCCCGAUGCUGAUUCUGGUGGGGAAUUGCUCGGUUGCACUGGGCUGGGCGAAUGGAAUGAACCAGCAAUUGUCAGAGAGGGCCUUCUGAUGGAUCCAGGUGAAAGCAAGGUCCGCUUCAAGAAUGUGCCAAAGUGUAUUCUUGGCAAGACCUUCUUCAGUCUCAAGGGUUCCACUGCCGAGUCGGGCCGCUGGAUGAUGGAGUACUACCCGCCCACCAAGCUUUUCGUUUGGCUGAUGAAGGGGAAGACUGGCAUGCUGCCCUUGGACGAAAUGCUGCCCAAGCGCGGUUGGGAUAUCGAGCCGACGGAUGGUUUCCAAACGAGCGACGGCCACGAAUUGCUUCUCUUCAGCAAGUGCUUUGAGGAGGAUGAGAAGUACUUCAUUGUUCACACGAGCGAUCCAAUCGUGGGCGGCGUGAUUGGAACCUUCCCCUUGCCUAAGCCACCUCCGCCGGAUGAGGGCAGUCAGGACCCAGUCACAAAGUGCAGCGGACUUGGCGUGGACUGGAAUCCUCCGCAGAAAAUGGCAGAGGGCACUCAAACCAAUCCAGGCGAGAACGAUCACACCUUCAAGAAUGUGCCGGCCGUGCUGAUGGAUGGUACAUACAUUGGCAGCAAAUGCUGGCCAAAGGAAGGAACUUGGACCAUCACUUAUCAAGUUCCUUGCAAGCUGUAUGUGUGGGCCAGGGACGGUGAGUACAGCGGAGGAGUUGAUGAGUUGCUGAAAGCUAGAGGUGGUUGGGUUCGAGAGAAAGUUGAUGGCUUUCAGCGCAGCGAUGGUCAUGCCCUGAAUUUAUGGAGCAAACGUUUCAUUGAUGGAUCUGAGUACAGCUUGGAUUUAAAGUCCUGCAUGGUCGGCGGCGUGAUUGGCACGCCUUUGGCCUCCACGGGCAAGGUGAUCAAGUGCUCUGGCCUGGACAUUGAAUGGAAUGCCCCACAGACCAUGACUGAGGGCACCUUGACCAACCCGGGUGAUCGCGACUACACCUUUGAGAAUGUGCCCGCUUGCUUGGCCGGCGGCAUUUAUAUCGGAACCCGAACUUGGCCCGAGGCGGGCACAUGGACCAUUGAGUAUGAAGCCCCGACGAUGUUGUAUGUAUGGAUUGAAGGCGGCAAGUACGAUGCAGGUGUUGCGGAGUUCUUGGCGGCCGAUGGUUGGGUCAAGGAAGAAGAUGGGAAGUUCAAGUUCCAGCGGCGGCAAGCGAAGGGCGUGAACCCCCUGAAUUUGUGGGGUCGGCACUUUGCCGGUGGCACUUCUUGUAGCAUUCCGACCAAUGGCCUCAUGGUGGGUGGCGUGGUUUCUCAGUGCUCUGACGACUGCUGA